AGACCCGGAAGUAAGGCGGUACUGCUGUUUUGCUGUCGAGUCACCUCUGUCAGGAUGGAGGAAAACGAGCUGCUAUCAUGCUGAACAACGACGGAUACCGACAACCGAGCAUCAUAAACCCGGAUUUUUUUAGUUAGUCACAAGUUAUUGUUGGUUUAGACUGGUGUAACGUUUCUGUACCACUUCGCCAAAAUGAUGGAAGAAAUCGACCGGUUUCAAGUACCUCCAGUGAACGGAGAGACGCAGCCUUUGGACCCAGCAGCAUCCUCCACCUCAGAGGCCGACCCUGACGGCAAGGGAGAGACCGUGGCCAUGAACUACAAGCCCUCACCACUGCAAGUCCAAAUAGAGAAACAGAGAGACCUCGCCAGGAAGGGUUCAGUGAAGAACGGCACUGUGGGAAGUCCUGUCAAUCAACAACCCAAGAAAAAUGCCAGGACAAGGUUGGUGGUGCCAAACAAAGGAUACUCCUCUUUAGACCAGAGCCCAGAUGAGAAGCCCCUGGUAGCGCUGGACACAGACAGCGAUGAUGACUUCGACAUGUCCAGAUACUCCUCAUCAGGAUACUCCUCAGCCGAGGUGAGAUGUCUGAGGGACCAGCAGAUCAACCAGGACCUGAACAUCCAGCUCCUGAAGGACGGGUACCGCCUGGACGAGAUCCCGGAUGAUGAGGACUUGGAUCUGAUCCCCCCCAAAGCAGUCAACCCAACCUGCAUGUGCUGCCAGGCUGCUCCCUCCACAGCCUGUCAAAUCCAGUAGCACCAUUCCCGACCCCUUCAAAAUAAAUCUCCUUCCUGCCAACUGCACCAAGGCCAACCACUGACCAGAGUGGCAGCACAGAGGAAAAACUAUCGUCUGGCUAUGGCACAAAGGGAAAACAAGGAUAUAGAAGCUAAAAUAUUAAAUGGUAAAUAGAUAAAGAGUUAAUAUGUACAGUACCUGUGCACGUUCCUCCUAUGGUUGGAUGUGUGCAUCGUUCUUCUGCAUGGUUGGAUCAAAAAGGACUCGACUGAUGGCAGAAACAUUACCUCGAUGGGAAACGUGUUACUUUUGCUCCUCUUGUUUUGGACUUCCAUCUAAUGCUUGUAGAUAUUUGGUUUACACGGACCUUUUUAAGGAUUGUGAGACGUUAUGGGAGAACAAAAACAAAAUGGGACGACAGAAAAAAAUGACAACAACAUGACAUUACUGUGACAUCGCAUGGUCCAUGGAAAUCUACUGAUGCUCCCAUGAGAUGGACAAGAAGGGAUGGGAAGUUUUGUAGUGGCCAUUUUUCUUUCUCUUUUCUUUCAGCCAAUCUGCUUCGUCCUUCUGUGUAAAUGUGUCAAAUUUGAAAAUAAUCUGUGUGUGUGUGUGUCUAAAUAUGUCCAGGAAAGUUAGUGCUCAAAUAUCAAGCUGCUGUUAAAACACUAAUGCUUAGACUAAGACAUCAUUCCAGAGGUUUUUUUUGUCUGUUACACAAAGGUUGUUCUGCUUAAUUGUUUUAAAUUCAGUUAAAAAGGAACUGAAACAAAACUAGUUUUGCAUGUUGCCUGUCCUAAUGAAUAGCCUGUGCAGAUAAUUUACUGCUUCUGAUUUAGACCUGUACACGUUCUGUGCCGAUGAAACAUAAUAUGAGGCGUCCUUUAAAAAACAGUCUAAGUUACAUUUUAGUUCACCACUGUAAAACCAGUAGAUCUAGAGAAACAGUUAUUAGAACUGAUUACAGCUCAUGAGUUAGUGUGAAUGUCUUUUGUUCCUGUCCAUGUUAACCCCGACAUGAGUGGAUGUUUGAGAAGGUCAGAAUGGCAGUCAUCACCGGAAAUAAUAACAUUAUUUAUAUUCUUCAGGGAAUAGCUGAAUUCAUUGUAGAAAACAUGGGCAACUACAUUAAAGGUAACAUAUUAUGUAAAAUACACUUCAUCAUGGCAUCAUCGUCCACGAACCCCCAAUUAUGAGAAAAGUUCAUCCUCCAUCUUUUGCCUUCUCCACUUUUCAGUAAAUGUGUGCUCAAAUAGUCCGUUUGGAGACAUCAUGACAUCACAAAGGGCAGUAUCUCCUCCCCUAGGUGGGUGAGACUCCCACAGCUAGGUGUUUGUUCCUGCUCUCUGAGUCUGCCUUCUCCCUGUAAACAAUUCGGCAUGGAGCGAGAAAGCCGGAGCCAAGCCCUUCCAGAGGGGCGUGGUCAAACACGGCUAAUUUGCAUUUAAAGCUACAGACACAGCCUGUUCUGAGCAGGGCUGAAAUAGAGGCGUUUAAAGGAAUUCUAAAAUACGGGAUCAAAGUGGAUUUUUGGCGAGAAACUACACAGACAUGUUUUGUGGAGCUCUCAGAUUUAUUUGAAACUUCUUAGAAAUUAGAAAAAUAUGUGACCUUUAAAAGCUUGGCAAUUUUGCUCCUACAUUUGGUUUGUAAUUUUGAGGAAUGUCUUUAAUAACUCCAUAUCAUCUUUAUGGAAAUUAUGUUUGUUGUUUUUCAGGAAAUAAAUAGAAAUAGAGGAAAUAAUAUAAUGUACCCCCCUCAUUUUAAAGUUUUGAUGUCAGUUUGUUUGUUUUGUUGUAUAUUUUCAUUUUUUUUUUGGGACAAGAACUGUCUAUGUAGCACCGGACACAGCUGUGUAUUGUCGAUACGUCAUGCCAAUGGAUGUUGUCCCUGAUGUGCAGAGGGAAGUAGUCCUCGCUGUGAGGAACGCAAACUGGUUAUUUGUCAUGUUUACAUCACUCCAAAGACAUCUCCAGAGCUCUGCACACAUCAGUGUUUUUCUAGUAAAUGUUAAAAGUCACUUGCAUGUAAAUCUGCAAUGCAACAAAUCGUCCUGGAAGAUCAAGCUAGACCACCCCCCCUCAUACGUUCUGCACAUUCAAACACUAAACCUGAUUAAUUUCCUUGUGAGUAAACUAUCUGGAAAUGUGACUACAGUUCUGAAUAUGUGUGCACUUUACACUGUGAUGUAAGUUAUUCUCUCCUGGUUACAUUCAGAAUAUUCUUUUGACUCACCUACGAGGGAUUUGAAAUGAGGAUGUGGAAGUACUGCGUGAAGCAUGAAGACUCUUACAUCUUUGUAGGUGUACUGCAGUGUUUUUGUAAUAAUUUGCAUCAUUGUUUCAUAAUGUAUGUCUGCUGAUUUAGUUUGCACAUUUACAACUUUGAGGUUUUCAUUUAAAAAAAAAAAAAAAGAUUUCUAGAUAGAUAGACAAAGGACAAACCCCCCUUUUAUGUCAUUCACUGAAUGGAGGUAAAAAAAGGAAAGUUAUGUAUUUACUCCGAAUAUUACUGUAUGUAGAGUAAACACAACUAAAUCCUCCUGACAAAUGUUAAUUCUGUCUGAUAACAUGUACCUUUCUAUACCUAAUACAGGCUCAAUGUUUCUAUAGCAUUAUAGUUACAAAAGUAAGCAAGCUUCAAAAACAAUAUUUGCAAAUAAGGUGCCAUGUGGGUAGAUAAAAGAAAAAUGACCUGCACUCAGUAGGGACGAGACAAAGUGGUCAGGUCAUGUAAUGCCAAUGCAGCGACUAACUGAGCUGUGUGUUGGACCAGUAGCUGUGUGUAACAUGUAAGGACUGACUGUGCAACGGACUGAUUUGGUUUGAACAUCCUCCUAACAGGUUGACUCGCUGCAGUCGUCUUCUAUUGAGUGCACUACUUUUGGCUACCGAUGUCUUUGCACAUAGCGAAUUGAAAGUAAUGCAUUGUAACAGAAGCUAUUUAUUUUCAGGUAUGUGUUUUUAAUUUAUUAAGAAUGGGAAAUAAUUCUUACACAGACUUAUGUUUUUUUUUUUUUUUUGUUCUGUCAGGUGCUUCUUAUGAUGAUUGUGAUCUGGUUCCAUUUAGAUUUUAACAGUGUUAAAGUUCUGUGUAUAGUGCAACAUAUCAAAAAUAAAGACUAGAUAUCAGAAA